AUGACUGCAGAGAUACAAAAAGAAUUGUUAGACUACAAUGAAGUUGGCAGUAAUGCUCUUGAAAUGAGCCACAGGCCGUCAGCUUUUGCUAAGAUGAUUAACAACACGAAUCUUGGACAGAAAUUGCUAGCUGUUCUGGACGACUACAAGGUAACUUUUGUGCACAGAGGUGUGUCAAAGCCAGUCCCCUGCUGUCACUCUUAAAACCCAGCUGGCCUGAAAACAAGAAGGUGUGCUACAUGCAAGGUGACAGGUGCUUAGUUAGCUAAGGCAGCAGGAGCCUAGAAGUUUGGGGAUGUGAAUAUUGUCUAUCCUAAACUUGGGAGUUUUGCAAAAAUUCCAGAUCCAAGACCCUGGAACCUCAGCCCGGACACCUCCUAUGGGCAUUACUGGGCCAACGAGACCAUGCACAGAGGGGAGUUUGCCUUUAUCUGUGAUGUCAAGGGAGCCGUGGUGGUUGGCCCCGUGUCCUCCAAAGUUCUAUCCAAGCUGGCGGAUGUUUCCUAGUUUGGUGUGAUUUUUGCUGGUGCUCAGAAGAAUGUUGGCUCUGCAGGGAUCACAUUUGUGAUCAUUAGUGAUGACCCCCUGGGGUUCACCCUCAGAGAGUACCCUUCAGUCCUGGAAUACAAAGUAUAGGCCCCCAAUCACUCCUCAGACAGCAUACCUCCGUGUUUCAGCAUCUAUGACACGGGCUGGGUCCUGAAGUGGAUUAAGAACAAGGCAGUGCAGCCAUUGGAGAAGCUCAGCUGCAUCAAAGCACAAAUGAUUUGUGAUAUUGAUAAUUCUCAAGGAUUCUAGGUAUAUCCAGGGUGGGCCUGUGGGAGUCAUCCGGCCUCUCUGUAUAAUGCUGACAGGAUAGAAAAUGUCUAGGAUCUGGCAGCAUCCAUGAAAACUUUGGAGACGCAUCAGCUAUGA